GCAAAAUAAUUUCAUAAAAACAUUGCAAACGCGUCAGCUGCAUUUAGAAAGCAAAAUUUAUUUUUUUCUAUUUUCCAGUUAAUUCUUUUGUGUUUUUUGUACUUUUAAAAUACAAAAUUGUAGUGUAUUGAAAAAUCAAAUAUGUUGGAGAACGAUUUCGUGCGAGAAAUUAUGGAAGAUAUGAAGAAGAACACUGCCAAAAUGUUGGAAAAUACUCAACCUUCCACAGAUCCCUUGCCCAACGAUGAAGAUGGUAACGUUAAUGAUGCGGAUUCAGAUGGAGCACAACAGGGAAUUGAAUUCGUUGAGUUGGUUUCUGCCAAUAAGCCACUGGAUGAAAGUGGAAAUAAGAAAAAAGGCAAAAAGUCACAGAAGCUUACAAAAAAAGGCUCAAAUAGUCAUGAAGGAAAAAAUCCUGAUCAACUGAACAACAUCCUGUUGCAGAACUUGGAAAAACUCAAAAAAAGCUUGCAACUUAAAAAACGAGAAUGCCAAAAGUUGGAUGGAGCGGUUGAUGGACUAGUACCGGAAACUUCAAAGGGAUCAUCUUCGACUAAGAGUGAAAUUUCCCAAUCUGAUCACAGCAAGGUCGAAUCAAUGCACCACGAAAAUCACAAAGCUGCUAACAGCAAAAAGAAAUCUAGCUCAAUUUCAGUAGUCUCAUUGGAUCAAAAAGAAAUAAACAAACAGAAGAAAGCAAUAAAAUUGCAAAUGAAAAAUAUUUCAGCUAAACUAAAAAAAAUGCAAAUUCAAGAUUCUGAAUCGGCUGAAGCAAGUACAUCAGAACCCAAGAAAGCGAAAGUAAAAGAAACUUCAAUUGUAGGUGUUACUAAAGCGGGUACAUCAGAAAUUAAACCGGCAAAAGUACAAAAAAGUUCUGAUGGUAAAAAAUCUGGAAGCUCAUCCACUAUUGCUAGCGAUCCGGAUAUUAAAGCAGCUCAGCAACCUAAAUCCAACAAGUAUAAACCGGAAUACCAGAUGCUACUGACACUGCUAACACUCGAUCAAAAACAUCGGAACGACUAUCUAAUUAAACUGGGGAAAGAGUAUGGCAUUUUGAAAUCUACCGGUUCCGAAGUACACAUCAAACCAAAGCUCUACGAUUUCGCAACGGAACUAAGCAAUCGGGCUUUGGUUCAGUGCUACGGACCGGAAGCCCUGCAACGGGAUAACAGUUUGAAGAUUAGUAGUCCCUUUAUGGCUGCCACAAACAUUAAUAAAAUCAGAGAAAGAAAGCUGCGAACAUUCGAGGAUGAAGUUUCUUAUCUUUUAAACAAUGGGAAAGUAACGGAAAAGGAAGAUUACAAUCCGGAACUCACGCUGGAAAAUGUAUCCAAAGCCGAGAAAAAUGGUUAUAUGACAGAAGAAAACCAGGCUGCUCUCAAGAAGUUAGUCGAUCGGCUGUUGGAGCAAGAUGUUGGUUACAUGGUGGAAGGUGCCAUCCGUGUCAACGUCAAUAAUAAUGCCCAAGCCUUUGUGGACGAUCCGACACGAGAGGCCAAUGUGUAUAUCAACUCGAUUUUGAUGCGAAAGUGCGCCAUGGAUGGUGACAUAGUGCGUGUAUUUGUCAAGCACAAUAACGAUGAGAAGGAAGGCAAAGAUGGCGCUUUGAACACCUCAAAGGGUUCGGAAGAUAGUAAGGAUUCGAGGAUGCGCAACAAUUGGGGAUUUGUGGUGGAUAUUUUGGAGAGAAAAAACAGUCGCACUUGCGUUGGAAUGUUUUCGCCGCCAAACGAAAAGUAUGGAAAAUCUUCGCAUUACCUGAGCUUUCGCCCGAGGGAUUUUAGAAUUCCGAUAGUCAGAAUUUAUAGACAAAAUUGGCCGGAUGCAGUUUUUAAAAAUAAUUUCGAAGAUAUUGAAAAGGUUAUUUAUCAAGCAGAAAUUCUUGAAUGGCAUAAUGACGAACCGAUUGGGAACAUUUUGAAAUCGAUCGGCAAAUCAGGUGAACUGGAGACGGAAACUCAGGCCGUAUUGGUGCAGUAUGAACUAGAUGUUUCGUCGUAUUCAGAGGAGAUCAUCAACAGCCUUCCAGCAUCACCGUUCAAAAUCCCGCAAGAUGAAAUCGAUAAAAGGGAAGAUUUGCGUGGUGAAUGUGUUUUCACAAUAGAUCCUUUGACGGCGAGAGAUUUAGACGACGCCCUCAGUUGUAAGGUGCUCAAAAAUGGCAAUUUUGAGAUCGGCGUACACAUAUCUGAUGUGACUUACUUUUUGAAAGAAGGUUCCGAACUGGAUGAACUGGUGAAACUCAGAGCCACAUCCAUUUAUAUGGUCGAUAGUGUGUACCACAUGCUGCCGAAACCGCUAUGUUUCCUUUGCUCGCUGUUGCCUGGAGAAGAUAAACUAGCUUUUUCAGUGUUUUGGGAAAUAACGAGGGAUGCCCAGAUCGUGAAAACGCGUUUCGCUAGAACUGUGAUCAAUUCUUGUGCUCAACUAGCCUAUGAACAUGCUCAGGUCAUGUUAGAUAAUCCUAGCAAAAAUUUGGAUCCCAAUGAUUUUCCACCGAUUUUUCAUGAAUACACACCAAACUUUCUGAGUGGAAUCGUCAAUCAACUGCAAAGCAUUGCUCUACAACUUCGUGCUAGAAGAAUGGAGAAUGGUUGUCUGAAAAUCAACCAACCAAAACUUUCAUUCACUCUGGACCCCAAAACCGGGGAACCGACAGCCUUCUCGGUUUAUGAACUGCGCACCUCCAAUCAGAUGAUCGAAGAUUUUAUGCUUCUAGCGAAUACAUCUGUCGCCGAGUUCACUCACUCUAAAUUUAAGGAUCAGUCCAUUCUGAGAUUCCAUCCUCCACCGAAUGAUAAUCAGAUCAACAAUCUUGCGGCAUCAUUAGCCAAGCAUGGUUAUUCUCUUAACAUCGAAUCUUCUAAGUCUUUGGCGGAUUCGAUUGAACAACUCGUCAAUGGUAGUGCAUACCCGGACGCUACGCGAGCGGCAAUCAACGUUUUGAUCGCGAAACCUAUGCAACGGGCCCGUUAUUUCUGUUCCUCGAACGUAGACCAAGAGGAAGAUUUUUACCACUAUGCCCUUGCAAUUCCCAAAUACACGCAUUUCACCAGUCCCAUCCGAAGGUAUGCCGAUUGUAUGGUGCAUCGGGUGCUUUCGGCAGCCCUUGAACUAACGGAGCCACCGACCCGAACAGCUGACGAUUUCUUCCAGCUAACCAAUAUCUGCAACGUAAAGAAAUACUACGCCAAACUUGCUGGCGAUGCCAGUUCACUUUUGUACUUCAAGCACUACUUGCGCAAGGUUAAGGCCAUCGAAACGGAGGCUGCUGUACUGGAAAUAGGGUCCGAACAAAUGGAAUUGGUUUUAAUUGAGAUAGGACUUGUGUUGAAGGCCAGUUACAAGCGCCCCAGCAAAGCAGCGGCUAAACCCGGCGCAAAACCUAAGAAGGAUGCUUCUCAGAAAACGGUUGCUACACCGAACAAAGCAAGUGCACCGAUCGAUGUGAAGUUGUUCGCAAAACUGCGGGUCACCAUUGCGAUGAAAAAGGAUGCAGUUGUGGUGACCAAGUGGCAACCGGUGGAAUCAAAAGCCGAAGGCAUGGAUACCAACCCGAGCAAGACAUGAGCAAAUCACUAAUGGUGCGCUAGCUAGAUCGAUCGGCAGCUUCGCUCUGAUUCGUACAGUCGUGCUGUUGUUCAAUUAUUCGCAGGUAGACUUUUAUUUUUAUCUUCAGUUGAUUAAAACUGAAAUUUUGACACAAUAAAAUACUUAUCAUGUUUAA